AUGGCAAUGUGGAUGCCAGGCGAUGACGUCGCAUGGGAAGAAAGCGACCGCGUCGAGAAGGAAUGGAUCGCGAGUCUUUUAAAGCCUUCGACACAGCUGGCCAUUGGUAACUUCAUCGCGAAGCACCGCCAAGGCGUCCCUCAAGAGAUUGGUCCUCUCAAGGCCGGCGCAUUCAACGCUCUGUUUCGUCUGACAUACCUAGACGGCGGCUCCGCCGUGAUACGCUUUGCUAAACCGGGUAGGACAAUGUUUCCUGAAGAAAGGAUUCGAAAUGAAGUCGCUACUAUGAGAUAUAUCCAGGACCACACCGCCAUACCAGUUCCGUUUAUUCUUCACUGGGGAACCCGGGAAGAAAGCCCCCUUCAUAUUGGACCGUUUAUUAUUAUGGACUAUGUCAACCAUGAAAUGGAAAUGAGCGCUGCACUUAACACACCAGGGUUCACAAAUGACAUGCGGCCAAUACUAAACCCAGAUAUUGACGAGGCUAAGCUUGAAAAACUCUAUCGCCAAGUCGCCAACAUCCUCCUUCAACUCUCCCAACUAGAGCAUCCCCUGAUAGGAUCGCUCGCCGAGACGGAUGAAUGGCAGCAGUGGGAGGUGACGCGGCGCCCGCUAUCAAUGCCUAUGAAUGAACUAGUUCGAAUCGGAAGCUUGCCGCGGUCAAAAUUGCCUUGUACUACGUUCAAGACUUCCUCAGAGUACCUUGACAGUCUUGCCCAGCUCCAUCUUGACCACCUCGCCGCCCAGCGCAACGACGCCAUCGAGUCUAAGGCUGACUGUCAGCGCAAGUACACGGCGCGGAAACUUUUCCAGAGGCUCGCGAGCGAGCGGAGGCUCUUGUCUGAAAAGCACGAUAAAGGGCCGUUUAAGUUUUGGUGCGACGACCUACGCCCGUCUAAUAUCCUUAUCGAUGCCAACAUGGACAUUGUGUGCGUCAUCGACUGGGAAUUCUCGUAUGCAGCGCCGAGCGAGUAUACCUUUGCGCCGCCCUGGUGGCUGCUCCUCGAGCAGCCCGAGUACUGGGACAAUGGCUUCGACGACUGGCUCGAAAACUACGAGCGCCGCCUCCCGACCUUUCUCCGGGCCAUGGCGUCCUGCGAGGACGAGUACAUUGCGGCCGGGCGGCUGCAGGAGACGCAGCGGCUGUCGGGCAAGAUGCGCGAGAGCUGGGCCAGCGGCGACUUCUGGACCGUGUACGCGGCGCGUAGGAGCUUUGCGUUUGACACGGUCUUUUGGAAGAAGCUCGACGCGCGCUUCUUCGGGCCGGAUGAGGACAGCGGUGCGCUGGCGGGGGGUACGUGGACGAGGAGAUUGCCUCUGCUGGACGAGCAGGCGAGGACGGCGAUGGAGGCGUUUGUGGAUGGGAAAGUGGCGGAGAGCCAGACAAGAGAGUUGCGUUGGGAGCCGGACGAGGAGCCGAGCAGCGGCAAACUUGUGACAUGA